AGGAGGGAGGGGGGGGACAAAAAAACCAAAACAACAAAAAAAUGCCAUCGGAACCAGCUCACCCGCAGACGUGACACCGAGAAAAAAAAAGAAAAAACAGGUACUUGGAUUGGUACCUAACUCUGACCCGGAGGUGUCGGAGGGGGAACUGAGAGGACUGAGGAGCGGGGAGCGUCGCCCUUGUCUGGGGGGGAAAGAUGACAGUGGUGCCCGGAGAGAACCUGGAUGAGACUGUGGCACUGGCCGCCCUGUCAGCCCAGGAUGUGUACGACCCGGAGCGAGCCGAGAACCAGGACUGCUGUGAGCGGGUGGUCAUCAACAUCUCCGGGCUUCGGUUCGAGACUCAGCUGAAGACCCUCGCCCAGUUCCCCUCCACUCUGCUGGGGAACCCCCGCAAGAGGAUGCGCUUCUUCGACCCGCUGAGGAACGAGUAUUUCUUUGACAGGAACAGACCCAGCUUCGAUGCCAUCCUCUACUACUACCAGUCCGGCGGCAGGCUCAGGAGACCCGUCAACGUGCCGGUGGACAUCUUCAUGGAGGAGAUUAAAUUCUACGAACUGGGGGAGGAGGUGAUUGAGAAUUUUAAGGAGGAUGAGGGGUUUAUUAAGGAGGAAGAGCGCCCGCUGCCUGACAAUGAGUUCCAGCGGCAGGUUUGGCUCCUGUUUGAGUAUCCAGAGAGUUCCGGACCCGCCAGAGGGAUUGCAAUAGUUUCCGUUCUGGUCAUUCUCAUCUCCAUCGUGAUUUUCUGCUUGGAGACUUUACCGGAGUUCAGAGAAGACACCAGAACAUUUGACGAGCCGCUGGCUGUGAACGGAACCGCGCGCGCAAAGAAGCCAAACCCGUUCACAGACCCGUUCUUCAUCGUGGAGACUCUCUGCAUCAUCUGGUUCUCCUUUGAGCUGCUGGUCCGGUUCCUCGCGUGCCCCAGCAAGCCCGCUUUCUUCAAGAACAUCAUGAACACCAUCGAUAUCGUGGCCAUCAUGCCCUACUUCAUCACGCUGGGUUUGGAGCUAGCGGAGCACCAGGGGAACGGGCAGCAGGCCAUGUCUCUGGCCAUCCUGAGGGUCAUCCGCCUGGUUCGGGUCUUCCGGAUCUUUAAGCUGUCCAGACACUCCAAGGGUCUGCAGAUCCUCGGGAAGACGCUGCAGGCCAGCAUGAGGGAGCUGGGACUGCUCAUCUUCUUUCUCUUCAUCGGAGUCAUCCUCUUCUCCAGCGCGGUGUACUUUGCAGAGACCGACGACCCAGAAUCGGGCUUCAGCAGCAUCCCGGACGCCUUCUGGUGGGCUGUGGUAUCCAUGACAACGGUGGGGUACGGGGACAUGUGUCCGGUCACCAUCGGGGGGAAGAUCGUGGGCUCGCUGUGCGCCAUCGCCGGUGUGCUCACCAUUGCGCUGCCGGUGCCGGUCAUCGUCUCCAACUUCAACUACUUCUACCACCGAGAGACGGAGCACGAGGAGCAGUUCCAGUACACGCACGUGACCUGCGGGCAGCUACAGCCGCAGUUUGGGGAGUUCAAGAGGAGCGAGAGCAAACCGUCUCUGUGCAAGUCUGAUUACCUGGGCAGCGAGGACGCGGACUCCAUCAAAUACACCAACUGCAGCCCGCACAAAGCUUACACCGGGAAGCUCACAGAUGUAUGAUUUAAUCUGAGUUUAGACUCACGAGCUCCUUAUUUCUGCCAUCAAAAGGGAAUCAUUUAAAAAUCACAACAGUUGAUGGAUUAUAAGAGAAUUCACUUGAUUUAUCCUCCUGAAACUGUCUUCCAUUACGCGCUUCAUGAGUCAAAGAUCAGCCUAAAGCCAAUUGUAGCACUUUACCAGUAGUCAUGUUUCUCUUAGUAAAGGCGUCAUUUGUUGCCCGAGUCGCAGGUUGAACGUUUACAUUUGAUUUUCAGUCUGUUUGAAGAAGCUGAGUUACAACACAGGACCAAUUUAAUCUAAAUAUACAGACUGAUGCAGGAGGCACAUGGUGAAUGUUGUUAAUAUGGUCCCGCACGCACGCACGCACGCACACACACACACACACACACACACACACACACACACACACACACACACACACACACACACACACACACACACACACACACACACACACACACACACACACACACACACAAGCGCGCACCUGUUAUUUCAGCCUCAUGUAUUUUCCAUUGAAAGCUGGCUGGAGCUCAGUGGUGGAUCAGGUGAUGUGUUAUUUCAACUGACAGCAUGCUGGAAGAAUCGAUUAUCCUAAAAUUAAACGACUUCAGUGUCAGAUUUUAGUAGAAUCGACUCAACACAAACAGCCUGUAAGACAAGACACAGGGCUUAUAUUCCCCUUUUUAAUUAGGUGCAGGUUUAAAUGCUUUUUUUUUUGCAGGCUUCUGGAGGUUUAAUCUGUUUGUGAAUCAGAUGCAGCGAUUUGCAAACCGACAGCGCCACUGUGUGGAUAAAACGCAGCAUUGCAACCCCCCCUGUCAGUGGAUGCAGUUUCUAUAGCAACCUUCCAGACUUUUCUGUAUUGUCUGCCACAGGAAUGAAAGGACGCAGGCUGAAAGUGUAGAGACAGAGGAAAAACCACCAUGUUGUGGAAGCCUCCAUGUUGUCUGAUUCCACCAGCUGAAAGUAACGCAUCACUUCCAUCUUAUGCCGGAAGAAAGAUCCAAUAGAAACACAUUCAGAGCCAGAUAUCUGACCUGGUAACACCGUCAUCACACAGAGAAGGCUCACACAAAGGGUCCAGCUAACCAUUAUUCUAAUUAUCUGAUAUUUUAGAAAGAUAAUACAAAUGUCAGAUAAUAUAAAAUACCCAUUCUGGACCCUGAGCCUGAAGUGAUGUUUUAACAAUUGGCAGAUUGACAAGCAAAAAACCCCCAAAAGUGAUUCAAUUUAAGAAAAAGAAAAAAAAAAUUUAACAUUUAAUGAUGUUUUAGAGUUCGACCAACACUGGAUUUAUGAGGCUGACAUGCAGAUAUUUGAUUGUUUUUACGUCAAUAUGUGUUUGCGCUUGUGUGACAUGUGACACAGCAGGUUAUAUUACAUUUUAUAAACCAAGAUGAUUGUAGUGACAACAACUUAACAUGCAAACUGUAGAUUAAUAUAAAUGCUGAAGGCACACAAAUCUUUAGACUUGAAAAGGAUCAAAAAUGAAAGAUUUAAGUUCUGCCUUUCUCGUUGCUUAUCAGGCUCGUAUGGAAGCAAAAAACUGUCAAAACCCUAAACUCUGAAACUCAGUGACAUUUAAAAUUUAAAAUUAAAAAAAUUAUUGUGUUUUCAGUUGUUUGUAACCUGGAGACAUUUUUACUUCUAGAUGAUUUUAAAGAAAUCUUAGAUAAUUUUUGGUCGGUGAUUUCAUGUUCAAAAAGUUUCAAAAAGUUUCCAAUUAAACAAUGACGGUUAUUUUUGGAUUUAGCAGCCAGGUCGAGUAAAAAAAAAAAUCAUGCUGAUGAAGUUCAUGUAAUAUGAUUGAAAGCUGCAGAACAGCUACUAAAAAUGCAUCUUACAUCAUGUUGAGACUAUUUUCUUGACUGUGAGAGCAAACUUCCUUAAAGUGCUCAGAAAAAUAGAAAUGUGAGCUUCUACAAUACCUCAACUUACUGAGCAAGCAGCGUCUGAUGAGGAAGACGACUGAAAGCUCCAACAGCUACUAAAUGACCUGUGCUGACCUCUGUUAUUAUGUGUCAGUCACAUGAUCCAAGACAUUUAGAAGCGACUAAAAAUGUAAAAAAUGUGACGUUUGGAGGUUUUAAAAUUGCAAAAACUACUAAAACUGUAAAACAUUAAAUUUAAUCCACUGUAUUAACAUUUCAACAGAAGAUAUUCAGUAAUUUAUAUUAUUAAAAAAGUCUUAUUUUGGCAUUUCUUUGCUUCCGUACAAAACAAAGACACAUAAACAUCAGUGAUUGGCAGAAUCAGCCUGUUCAUGAAGUUUUAAUUGAUAAACAGCUUCAGACAUUGUGUCCGUUAAUCUGAUUAAUUUCCUUUUUCUCAUCAAUUAAUUGACUAAAAAUUGUUAUUUUCUCACUUGACACUUCCUGUUAGAGCAGACAGACUCUCUAUAACUUGUUGCACAUAAAAACAAGGUACUUAAAGUUCCCAUAAUUAGCUCUGCCAUUGAAAGCACCUUAUUCACCUGGACAUUCAAUCAACCUGCUGGGAAACAAAACAGAGACAAGAAAAAAAAGAAGAGAGAGAGAGAGAGAGAGAGAGAGAGAGAGAGAGAGAGAGAGAGAGAGAGAGAGAGAGAGAGAGAGAGAGAGAGAGAGAGAGAGAGAGAGAGAGAGAGAGAGAGAGAGAGGAAGGAGGAAUUCUACCAGCUGAUGGAAUAAAAAUGGCCGCCACAGAUGUUUCUUCACUGUGAAGGUCUCAGUGUCUGUUGGAUUAUUAGUGGACGGACUAACGGAUGGAGUUAAACUGCUGAGUCGUCGACGAACAGACGGACAGAUGAGACGACUUCCUCAUCAGACGACCAUCGGAUGCACAUCAGCGGAGGGCCGUCCAAUCAGAGGUGAGUUACUGUGUCACUGAUAUUCAGACUUUAAGCUGCUGAUUUUCUAUAUUUGUCUUUUUGUUUGGAUCCAAACUAACAAUGAAGUCAUCUACUAACGA